UAUCCCUCCUUACCCCUCCCCCCCUCUCUCUCUCUCUCUCUCUCUCCAAAUCAAAACCUAUUCCUCUCCUCAUCCUCAACUCUUUUUGUACUCAACCCACCCAUCUGUGUUGCUAUAAAAGAGGACCAGACCGCAGUUGAGAGGCGCGGCUUCUGUUUCUGUUGUUGUCGUUGUUGUUGUCGUGUCAGCUAGCACUGCUGCUGCUGCUGCUGCUGCUGCUGCCAGCCACUGGAGCGCUUCUAGGAAACCGAGGUGGGAGGAGGAGGAGGAGGAACAGGGAAGAUAAGAGAGCAUGAGCUAUACGGUGGUGGGGUGGUCAUGGAGGUGGUGCUUGUCCCUGGGCAUCAUAGGGGCUUGCAUGUUCGUGGCGCUCAAGGUGUUGGACUUCCUGUGGUGGCGGCCGAAGAGGCUGGAGGAGCACUUCGCAAGGCAGGGCAUAAGAGGCCCCCCCUACCGCUUCUUCGUCGGCUGCGUCAAGGAGAUGGUCGGCCUGAUGCUGGACGCUUCCUCCAAGCCAAUGAUGCCUCAGACCUCUCACAACAUCCUCCCAAGAGUCCUCUCCUUCUAUCACCAUUGGAAGAAGAUCUACGGCUCCACAUUCCUGCUGUGGUUCGGCCCUACCCCGCGCCUCACUGUCGCAGACCCCGACCUCAUCAGGGAGAUCUUCUUGUCGCGGUCCGACGUCUUCGAGCGCUACGAGUCCCACCCGCUGGUCCGGCAGCUCGAAGGCGAGGGGCUGGUGAGCCUCCGAGGCGAGAAAUGGGCUCAUCACAGGAAGGUCCUCACCCCCACCUUCCACAUGGGGAACCUCAAGCUCCUGAUACCUUUCAUCGGGAAGACGGUUCUGGAUAUGGUGGAGAAGCUGCCGACCUCCGGCGACGAGGUGGAGAUCGACGUGUCGGAGUGGUUCCAGACGGUGACCGAGGACGCCAUCACCCGGACAGCAUUCGGCCGGAGCUACGACGACGGCAAGGCCGUCUUCCAGCUGCAGGCCCAGCAGAUGGUCUUCGCGGCCGAGGCCUUCCGCAAGGUGUUCAUCCCCGGCUACAGGUAUCAGUCUCUGCUCGUGUCAUGCUCUGCUACUGCCCUCCGUGGACGUUUGACUAACGUUGGAUCUCAUAGGUUCCUGCCGACGAAGAAGAACACGAACUCGUGGAAGUUGGAGAAGGAGAUCAAGAGGAGCCUGAUCAGGCUCAUCGGCCGGCGGAAGGAGCGGCUGGGGGAGGAGGGGAAGCCCGACGGCAGCGUGAAGGACCUGCUGGGCCUGAUGAUCGACGCGAGCGCGUCGAAGCAGGGCGCGGUGCAGGCGGCGUCGCCGAAGCCUGUUUCGUCACCGCCGUCGACGAUCACCGUCCGGGACAUCGUGGAGGAGUGCAAGACCUUCUUCUUCGCGGGAAAGCAGACCACCUCCAACCUGUUGACGUGGACGACGGUGCUCCUGGCCAUGCACCCGGAGUGGCAGGAGCGCGCGCGGGCGGAGGUCCUCCGCGUGUGCGGUGCACGUGAUCUCCCUACCCGCGAUCACCUCGCCAAGCUCAAGACGCUGGGGAUGAUACUGAACGAGACGCUGCGGCUGUACCCGCCGGCGGUGGCGACGAUCCGACGGGCGAAGGCGGAGGUGGAGCUGGGCGGGUACCACAUCCCCCGGGGGACGGAGCUGCUGAUCCCCAUCAUGGCCGUCCAUCACGACGCACGGCUGUGGGGCCCGGACGUGACCCAGUUCAAUCCGGCCCGGUUCGCCGACGGCGCCAGCCGCGCCGCCCGCCACCCCACCGCAUUCAUCCCCUUCGGCCUGGGCCCUCGGAUGUGCAUCGGCCAGAACCUGGCCCUCCUCGAGGCCAAGCUCACCGUCGCCGUCCUCCUCCAGCGCUUCGCCUUCCGCCUCUCCCCUUCCUACGUCCACGCCCCAACCGUCCUCAUGCUCCUCUACCCCCAGUACGGCGCCCCCAUCCUUUUCCGCCCCCUACCUCUGCCGUCCGAUCCCUCAACGACGGCCACGACUCACACCCAAAGCCUCUCGUGACAGACUGCUUCCUCCCUCCAUCAUCUUCUUCUAUUACUGUCAUGACUUUGACCCUCUUGGUAUCAUCAUACACGUUGACCAAACCACCCUGUAAGCUUGUGCCUCGACUAUGUGACCAGUGACCACCACCACUACUAACUUGGCCGUCCUCUGCAAUGUAAAAGCUCGGGAUACCCUUAACACUGCACCUCUUUAGGUGUCAAUGAAGCGAAACCAGUCUUCCUCUCUCCUUUUUCUCCUCUUCUUUUUUUUUUGGUCUACAUCUCCACCAUUGCUUUGGUGCUUGUACUACUACUGUAUUAUACCCCUCCUUCCAGCUUUUGCAAUACACGAUUUGUUUAUCCU